AAUGCUCUUGUCACGAUUCGGUGCCGCGCUUGAUCGCUCGCUGCUCAGACCGACCCUCGCCGCAGUCCGCGUGCCGAUCGCGAGCAUGCACCUUCCAGCCGGGCGAUCCAAAGACCCCGCGGACAUGGCGCGCGGCCUGCCCAAGAAGUGGCCGAUUCCAGGCGUGCAGCGCGUGGUGCUCGUGGCGUCGGCCAAGGGCGGCGUCGGCAAGUCCACCGUCGCAGUCAAUCUCGCGCUGGGCCUCUCUGCGCAUGGUCGCCGCGUUGGUCUCCUCGACGCUGACGUGUUUGGACCGUCCCUCCCAAGAAUGAUGAACCUGCGCGAGCAACGCCCAGUCACCAACAAGCAAAACCGCAUGGAACCGCUCACAAACUUUGGCAUCAAGUGCAUGUCGAUGGGAUUCCUCGUCGAGGAAUCGGCUGCGCUCGUUUGGCGCGGCCUGAUGGUCAUGCAGGCCGUCCAGCAAAUGAUCCGGAACGUUGUGUGGGGCGAGCUCGAUGUGCUCGUCGUCGACAUGCCCCCAGGCACCGGAGACACGCAGCUCAGUAUUAGUCAGCUCAUUCCCGUCUCUGGCGCCGUGAUUGUCUCGACCCCGCAAGAUAUCGCUCUCAUGGAUGCACGACGCGGCGUCGAAAUGUUCCGAAAAGUCGAAAUCCCGGUGUUUGGCGUGGUACAAAACAUGAGCACUUUCGUUUGCCCGAAUUGCUCGCAUGAAACGCACAUUUUCGGCCACGGCGGUGCUGCUGAGAUGGCAAAGGAGUUGGGCGUCGACGUGCUUGCAGACCUUCCGCUCAGCUUGGCACUACGGCAAGCAUGCGACAACGGGCAACCUAUCGUCGUUGCCCAGCCUGACAGCGCGCAAGCUGUUGCCUUCAAGGCGCUUGCAGCCAACGUUAUUGCAAAACUGGAAGCGACGCCAGCCCCGCCAACUGCUUGACGCGGUUUUUUCCAUAUUGCUUCUUGUUGUUGUACUGUAUUGUUUUCAAAUUGCACUGUCUUGUAUCAGUUCGUACAAGCUUGGUAAUGGUUAUCAUGGAUGAAUAGUAUCAGUCC